UGUCAUAUUCUCUAAAAUAUAGGAAAUUAUACGCUCUAAUAACUGUUCCGGUCUAAUAAAAGAUCUAAUCACACAGACCUUUAACAACUGUUUCACGCAAGGGUCUAUCAGCAAUUCAAGUUGGAUGGCAAUAUGAAUAACGCAAAAGUGUCCGUUGACGAGAGAAAUCCAGAUUCAAAAAUACGUGGAAGAAGCAUACUCUUGUUCAAAAGGGUUUUACUGAAAAGAUGGGAUUCCAGGCUUUGAAUAUUUCUGAUGGCUGAUGCUUAUAGUUCGCUACAAUCAUCAACAUCCAGUCUUAAAUCAUCACUUCAAGAAACUCCCCCUGGUAACCCUAACUUUGUUAACUUGGACGAUAAAUAUAGAUGUGUUGUGUGUACAGGAGUUGUUCGGGAGGCAGUACAGACACCGUGUGGACACAGAGCUUGUGAACAAUGCAUUUCUCAGUUACUUCAAGGGAAUCCAAAACGUAUCAAGUGCCCCGCCGGAGAAGAUUCGUGUUCCUUUUUAGAAUUAAGCGAGAUUCACAGAGACUCAGGAGCUCGGAGGGAGGUCCGCCUGCUGCUUGUGUUUUGUACAUUCAAAAUAGAGGGAUGUGAAAAAGUAUUGCAAUGGAGAGAUUUACAGGACCACGAAGUAGUAUGUGUCUUCAGACCCAUCAAAUGCAAAUUUUCCUCUGAAGGAUGUGACGUCAUCAUAAUAAAGAAAGAGAUAGAUACUCAUCAGAAGAACUGUCCCUAUCGACCGGAAGCAUGUACAUAUUGCAUGCAAAAAAUACAGCAUCACUUUAUACAGGAACACAAGGAGAAGAUAUGCCCUCAGUAUAUAAUUCCAUGUCCGUACAACUGUGGAACAGAUCCAGCUCCCAGAUUCCUGAUGCAACAACAUAUCAGCAGUGAAUGUCCUCGCCGGCCACUUAAAUGUAAAUACCACAGCAUUGGAUGUGAAUUUACUGGGUCGAAGGACGAAAUAGAUAGGCAUAUACAGACAGGAACGGAUCGCCAUUUAGAGCUCUCUGUAAUACAGAACACAGAAUCCGGACUGGAUGGACUACGUGUGAGGGAAAUGAUGCAGGAAAUGGAAGGUAAAAUAAUUGACCUUCAACAUUCAAUCACAAGCAAUUCCAAACUCUUUGAAGACCUGAAGGAAGGGGUUGAUACAAUGAAAAAAGCUAUGAAAGAUGUUAAGCUAAAAGUUGUUGCCCAAACCGAAAGGCUCAUAACAGUAGAGAGAAAGAUUGAAAACCUUGCAGACAAAGAAGCACAAGACAAAUUAUCGAGAGACAUGCUUAUGAUGAAAGCAACACAAAACACGAUUGGUGAACGAGUCACUCAGUUAGAGAGAGCUGGACCUAUUGGCGGAUCAUACGGAACGAAUGAAAUGUCAUCAGAAUCAAUCCAGCAGCACGAACGUCAGCUGGGCUUAAUGGACCUAAGACUGGCGGAAUUGGACUUACGAUUCCAGGUCUUAGAGACUGCAAGCUACAAUGGAAUUCUGAUGUGGAAAAUUCGGGACUACAAACGAAGAAAGGAAGACGCAAAGUCAGGAAGAACGAUUUCUCUGUACAGUCAACCUUUCUAUACUGGCAGAUUCGGAUAUAAAAUGUGUGCACGGGUCUAUUUGAAUGGGGACGGGGUAGGAAAAGGUACUCACCUUUCUUUGUUCUUCGUUGUCCAAAGAGGAGAAUACGAUGCUUUAUUGCCGUGGCCGUUCAAACAGAAAGUCACUUUGAUGCUUUUGGAUCAAGACAAUGGAACAAGACACUUGGCAGAUUCCUUUAGACCAGACGUAUCAAGCUCCAGUUUCAAGCGUCCCACAACGGAGAUGAAUGUUGCCUCUGGAUGUCCAUUAUUUGUAAGUCACUCCGUGCUCGAGACACCCACAUUUCUUCGAGAUGAUACGAUCUUCAUUAAGGUGAUGGUCGACAUAGAAGGUCUAAAGCAACACUAGAAAUAUUUUGAUGUUGUGCAACUGCUUCAACAUGAUCACCAUUUGCUUUCGGAUGUUGAAUCAGAUGUAAACGUCAGAGUACCCCUGGAUUAAGUUGGAUAAAAUAAUACUAGUAUAUACCACACCGUGAUCUGUCGAUAAAAGAGAGUGAUGAAGAACAUCGUUAUUGUCUGAAAGAGGUAUUUUGUGAUUGUUUUACAUAAAGCAUGCAUAUAUAUCACAUGCAUGGAUAUUUCUACUUCUGUAUUCUUCUCUGUGUACAAUAAGGGAUGUUUAUCCUA